AUGCGCGCGGCCGUUACACCGGGUCCCCCCGCCGCCGCCACCGGCCGCGAUGACGGCGGCGGCGACGGCGACGACGACGACGACCGUCGUCGCAUCGGCCGCCCGCCCGCCCGUCCGCUCAACCGACGGCCGAGCGACGGCGAUCGUCGGCGGGCGGCGCGCGCGGCGCGCCGGACGGGGACCGCCGCCGAGUCGCCGGCUGCCGAAACGACUACCAGUUGUACGAUGACCGCCGGCGCCCGUGUCCACAGGACGUGCCGAGUACCGCUCCCGUCGCCGAACACGUGCCGCCGCCGCCGCCGUCGUCGUUGUUUUUGCUAUCAGUGCGAUUGUUGUUAACACGUUCAUAAUAAUAUUACAUACACGUACACACGCAUAUUAUAAUUAUAUUGUUAAUUAUUAUUUACCUACACACAUAUACACACACACACACACACACACACACACACACAUACACACACGCGGCGAAAUUAGAAAAUUUCAAUAUUACGAUUACGGUUUUCAUAUCCCGUCGACAAUUUAUCAUAUUAUCGUUAUUGUAUCGUUGUAAAUUAAAACCGUCGUGUACCGCGGCCGUUUGUAAUUGAAAACGCGCUAUUAUAACAUAUCGAAAUUUUAAUAAAUUAUUACCGUCGAAUACAACAAUAUUAUCGCCGUCGUCUCACCACAAUAACGAUGAUUGUUGUUACACGCAUUUUGUACAAUAAAUCGCAAUAACAUACACGCGCGCGCGCGCGCGCGACAAUAAUAUUGUUAUCGACAACAGCAAUACCCGCGGGGAUUUUGUGCUCGCGUGUGCGUGAAAACCGAGUGUUUUCGGAG